AUGCCAAAUACACGCCAAUCUAAGCCACAAGCCUCCCACAUUGUUGCAAGACAUGUAACUCCUUGGCCUUUUCAUACCUGGGGGCUUAACUUAAUUGGGACUAUACAUCCACCUUCUGAUGGCUACAUAUGGAUCCUCACCGCCACUGAGUAUUUCAUAAAAUGGGUAGAGACAGUUCUCCUUCGAAAGGCCACGAGGGAUGCUAUCUCAAAUUUCAUUCUUAAAUACAUCGUGUGCAUAUUUGGAUUCUCAUACAAAAUCGUCACUGACAAUGGCACGCCUUUUGUUAACAAGCAAGUGAACUCGGCACUUAGUGGCUACAGUAUCAAGCAUCGUCUCUACAUGCUUCAUUAUUCACAAGGAAACGAUCAAGUGGAGGCCAGCAACAAGACUUUACUGCGAAUUCUGAGCAAAAUGGUGUAUGAGUAUGAAGGGGGUUGGAGUGUUCAUCUGCCAAAUGACUUAUGGGCUUACCGCAUCUCCCCAAGAAGUGCCACAAGCUUCUCACCUUAUUCACUCAUAUACGGGUCCGACGCCAUCUCACCUGUCGAGAUCACCAUCCCCACUACUAGAGUAUUAGCCGUUAACGACCUUAAAUGGGAUAUGAGGUCAGCCUCGGACUUUCGCUUGUUAGACCUCGAAGCCUUGGACGAAAAAAGAGCAGAAGCUGAAAGGAGGACGGCAUGCACUUUACCACAAAAUUGUUGCCCAAGUUUAUAA